AACGGUGGUCUUGACUUUCCAAAAUGCUGAGUGACGCUUCAGAUUUUAACAGUUCAGGCUCUAGGAGUGAAGGGUCUGUCUUUUCGAAGACCGAGCACAGCGUCAUCGCCGCUUACCUGAUUGUGGCAGGUAUCAUAAGCAUUCUCAGCAACAUAAUAGUCCUGGGCAUCUUCAUUAAGUACAAGGAACUGCGGACACCCACGAAUGCCGUGAUUAUUAAUCUGGCUUUCACUGAUAUAGGGGUCAGUAGCAUUGGCUAUCCCAUGUCUGCGGCUUCAGAUCUACAUGGAAGUUGGAAAUUUGGACAUGCAGGCUGUCAGAUCUAUGCAGGACUGAACAUCUUUUUUGGAAUGGUGAGCAUUGGCUUACUCACAGUUGUAGCUGUGGACCGGUACCUGACCAUCAGCUGGCCUGAUGGAGGAAGAACAAUGACCACCAACACUUACCUCAGCAUGAUCCUGGGCGCCUGGAUCAAUGGGCUAUUUUGGGCUUUGAUGCCCAUCGUAGGGUGGGCUAGUUAUGCCCCGGAUCCUACUGGGGCUACAUGUACCAUAAACUGGAGGAAAAAUGAUACCUCCUUUGUGUCUUAUACCGUGAUGGUUAUUGUGGUGAACUUCAUUGUGCCCUUGACAGUGAUGUCUUACUGUUACUACCACGUCGGUCGGUCCAUGAGACUUUACGCUGCUAGGAACUGCACUGCACACCUCAACAGAGACUGGGCAGACCAGGCAGAUGUAACUAAGAUGUCUGUGAUAAUGAUACUGAUGUUUCUGCUGGCCUGGUCCCCUUAUUCCAUCGUGUGCUUAUGGGCUUGUUUUGGAAACCCGAAAAAGAUUCCUCCUUCCAUGGCCAUCAUAGCUCCACUGUUUGCAAAAUCCUCUACGUUCUACAACCCCUGUGUUUAUGUGGCUGCGAAUAAGAAGUUUCGGAAGGCCAUGUUUGCCAUGUUUAAAUGCCAGCCUCACCUAGCAAUGGCUGAACCAAGUACUCUACCAAUGGAUGUGCCUCAAAGCCCAUUGGCUCCUGCAAGGACCUGAAAUGCAAGAAAAGAAUAUACCGCAAAACAUUUGAUUUGUUUAUUUUUUAGCAAUAUGCUAAUUUUGUUUUAAACAUGGAUUCAUUUAGACCAAGUGCAGACACAGACUCCUGCCUUAUUGGACUGCAGGUUCUUCCCACACUGACAAUCCAGCUCUGCCUGAGCAGCGGUGACUGUGGAGCCCUCACUGUGCCCUCAAGGAUGACUGAGUAGCUACACUUGCUUCGAUGAAUCCAGGCACACAAAACCAAGUCUCUUUUCUUUCUCCUUAAAAAGCACACAUUACAGUGUAUUAUUAAGGACCUGUAACUUGACUUAAGUUUUCCAUUAGACAAGAGACAGCUAUCAGAAUAUUAGAAUAUUUUGAUAAAAUUGUAAUCCUCAA